AUGCACCCUUAAAUAGAUUUUUUUAAAAUUAAUCAUAUCACUUUUAUGCUUAUUGAAUAAGUUUAUGGUACAUAAAUUCAGACAUUGAUUUCAAAAAUGUUAGAUCCAAUAAAUUAUAACAGACCUGAUUUUUUUGAAGCGCUGUAAUAUUUGAAUAGGAAUUCAAUAGCAAAUUUAUCUACAGAAUAACUAGAGUAUCAAGGAAAUGAUAUAUUAAAAAGUUAAAAUUCAUAUUUUAGGAACACACCAGAUAUGUUUGAUACUUUGAGAAGAGAAUCAAAAUAUCCAAACUAAUUAUGCGACAGUGUUGAUACAACUUCAGAUUUUCUAAUUUAGGGUUAAGUAAAUUUGUCAAGUGAAGAAAAUAACAACUUAUAUGAUGUCCAAGUAUCAACUUAAACUGGAAUAAGUAAACAAUAAAACUAAAUUAGGUAGUAAUAAGAAUCAGAAAUAAUGCUGUUCAUCAAAAUAUAUAAAUAAGACCAAUAUUUUGAUUUUUUGUUCAAUUUUACUUUUACUAGUAUUGUUUAUCCUUUUAUUAAAGUAUCAAAUAUGA